GAAGAAGAAGACGAAAAGCAAAAGUCAACAUAUUUUUAGCGACUCUGUGAAUAAAACCCGUGCUAUCCAAUAAAUUUAAUAAAUUAGUGAAAAAGGAACAUUAAUUUGCACGUGCCAUGUCGUCUAUGACAUUUGGCCAGAAGAAAUUUAUUCCUACAGCGCCCGACAAAGGUAGUUUUCCGUUGGACCAUGAAAAUGCAUGCAAACGGCAAAUGCUAAAAUAUAUGGCCUGUCUGAGUGAACACACCGAUAACAACAGUAAGUGCCGUGACGAGGCAAAAUCAUAUUUACAGUGCCGAAUGGAAAAUAAUUUAAUGGCCCAAGAAGAGUGGACUAAAUUGGGUUUCAAAGAGUGACUACCGUUUUCAGAAAGGACAAAUUAGUUAAAUAGAUUUUAGUGUUACUUUUGUAUCGAACAUUUUAUAUACAUCGCGAAAGAGUGAUGACCACCGACAAGAAAAAAUUCAACAUUUUAUUAGGAUGUACCGGCAGUGUGGCCACAAUUAAGUUACCAGUCCUCAUCCAAACAUUACAAGAAAGGCAAUCGACUGAAGAGCUCCAAUUCGAUAUCAAGGUCAUACUGACCGAAAGCGCCAAACACUUUGUGGAUAUUGAAAAAAUUUCUCCCGACACGCCCAUACUAACCGACACGGACGAAUGGAAUGCAUGGAAGGGAAGAGGAGAUCCCGUUUUGCAUAUAGAUCUAACGAAAUGGGCCGACGUAUUUGUAAUCGCACCAUUGGGCGCUAAUAGUCUGGCCAAAAUUGCUCAGGGACUGUGUGACAAUCUUCUUCUGUGUACAGCACGUGCCUGGAACUUGAAUAAGCCGAUUUUCUUUUGCCCGGCUAUGAACACCUUCAUGUGGGAACAUCCAGUGACUAGAGAACAUGUUGCUAAAUUAUCUCAAUGGGGAUAUCGAGAGAUUCCGUGCGUGUCGAAGACUUUAAUGUGCGGUGAUACAGGAAAUGGAGCUAUGGCCGAAGUUGAGACGAUUGUUCGUCAUAUUGUUGAGUAUUUUCGAAGUCAAAAUAAAGACCGAAUUUAGUGCUGUUGAA